UUGAAGAAAUGCGGUUCUAUUCAGGCAUCAACAUCAGAGCAGAGACUCGGGGCGCGCACAUCUUCCGUCUUCAUGUGCCUUCAUCAAGUUAACAGAGCAGCAAAACCAGUAUUCACCUAAAAUCGGGACUCUUAUUUGUUUGUGCUAACAGUUUUGGACUCAUAAAUAUGCUGCUGUGUUCACACCAAGGAGGGAGAAGAGGUCAGCCUUAGAUUAAACUUCACACAAGCUCAGCUCCGCUCCAGAGAAGAGGAAAGAAACACUUGCCUUUUCUUCAUUCUUUAAACCUGUCUGACACUUCAGCCGCUGCCGAUGGAAGCCAGAGGAAAGUAUGAUUUUACUGCAACUGCAGACGAUGAACUCACCUUCAGAAAGGGCGAUAUACUUAAGAUUUUAAGCUCACAAGAUGAUUGGUAUAAGGCAGAGAUGAACGGGCAAGAAGGAUUCGUACCACAAAACUACCUUGAAAUGCAGACUCCAAGAUGGUUUCAGGAGAACGCCAGUCGCAACGCUGCAGAGGAGCUCCUGAGGAGCAAAGAUGUUGGAGACUUUGUGAUUCGAGGGUCCCAGAGCUCCCCGGGAGACUUCUCCAUCUCUGUCAGACAUGAGAGUGACGUUCAGCACUUCAAAGUGCUGAAGGACAACAAAGGCCAGUACUUCCUGUGGUCUGAGAAGUUCACUUCCCUAAACAAGCUGGUGGAGUUCUACAAGACCACCUCCAUCUCUAAGACCAGAGAGAUCUACCUCAACGAUGGCAGCAUGCCCAACAGGAGUCCCUCUGUGGCCCAGUCGUUGAAGAGGGGAAGUUUGCCUGAACAACAUCAAUCAGCUGCAGCGAUUGCUGCUACACCACGCAGAGCUUCAGACCAGCCUCACAGCCAGCUGGCUAAGAGAGUGGGUCUGGAGGAGCGUGCUCACACCAUCGGCCACACAGGAAGAAACAGCCCCGUGAGUUCUGCAUAUCCUCCCCGUCGCACAUCUGAAACCAUGCUUCUGCCUCAGAGGCCGUCUGCAGUGCAAGUGAAGGCGCUUUACGACUUCACUGCAGAGGAAGAUGAUGAACUCGGUUUCUGCGCUGGAGAUGUCAUCGAAGUGCUGGAUCGCUCGGACGCAUCAUGGUGGAAAGGGAGGCUGCGGGGGAAAACCGGGCUGUUUCCUGCAAACUACACAAUACAGCUGUGAGAAAACACCCAGGCGACGCACUUACUAUGCCGGCACACAUUCACAGACUCGCUCUGCAGGUGCAGCAGCCCCGAAUGUGUCUUUUUGAACAUAAACACUGAGCAGUCAGUGACUCAUCUAAUCUCUGCAUCGCAUGUUGGCACUUCAUCAACAUGCCAGGGCCCAAAUGACUGCAAGUGAUUUAGCGUUUUCAUAUAUAUGCUGCCACUCAGUGCGGUGCUCAUUCAGGUUUUAUUGGACAUGCUAUGCCUCAGUUAUUCACAAAGGAUCAAAGGCACAUCCUAAAACCUUUCAUAUGUUUAACUGGCACACAGGAACUGCUGCAGAUCUCACUGAGGAAUGUUUUAUCAUCUCUAUUAGGGCAUGUCUGUCAGCAGGGAUUCAAUUCCAAUAUCAAAAUGCUCUUUGGCCAGUCUGCUCAUGAAUCCACUGUUUCUGCUCAUGCUGUAAGUGUAGUCAUAUUUUAUACCACAAAAAAAGUUUUGUAUAAAAAAAUCAGUACAUUUCCCAAAGAAUUUAAAUGCUUCACAUAGACAUGUAACUUCCUCACUGAUAUGGAAAUAAAAUGAUUUUUUUACCGCUGAUUUUAUGUUUAAAUUUAAUGCUAACUCUGACGAAGUCUUUCUGAGGAUUUUAAUAUGGACUUCCUGCUUUUAUCUUCCUUCAUGAUAUUUUUGUUUCCUACAAGCCACUGUGCAUUCUUUUAUUCUGGCAUUUCUCUGGAAGACUGAAAUUUAUUUAUAGACUCACAGGUUGUCUAGUUGCAGGAUGGCAGCUAUAAAGUAAAAGCAGAAGUAAGGAGAGGUGGCCUUCAAAGUAAAAGUUGCACUAAUCUGGAGCCUACUCCAGAUUAAAGGGGUUGGAUUCACUAAAGGAUGUACCUUUAGUUGAACUGCUGCAGCCUCACAGAAACCAGAAUUAAUUUGUCACUGACUUUUGCAAGAUAAUUACCCAAAAACUGAAUAAAAUCUCUGCACUGUUAAAUAUGUCACAGGUGUUGUUGGACGAAAGCACAACUCAAAUUAAACAGAAAAAAUGCCUGCAAGCUGUCUCACUUACUGCUG